GGGAACGGGACCGGGAACAGCGGGAUCGGGAACAGCGGGAACAGCGGGAAUAGCGGCACCGGGAGAGCCGGCAGCACUGCGAACGUCGGCAGCGGGAACAGCGGGAGCGCCGCCAUGGAGUACGUGAGCCCCGAGCAGCUCGCCGGCUUCAGCAAGUACAAGUACAGCGCCGUGGACAGCAACCCCCUGUCCCUGUAUGUCAUGCAUCCCUUCUGGAAUGCCGUGGUGAAGAUCUUCCCUACCUGGCUGGCCCCAAAUUUGAUAACGUUUUCUGGCUUCCUGCUGCUUGUCUUCAACUUCUUCCUCAUGGCAUACUUCGACCCUGACUUUUAUGCUUCUGCUCCUGAUCACCAGCACGUUCCAAACGGUGUGUGGAUCGUGGUGGGGCUCCUCAACUUCAUGGCCUACACGUUAGACGGUGUUGAUGGGAAGCAGGCACGCAGGACCAACUCCAGCACACCCCUGGGAGAGCUCUUUGACCACGGCCUGGACAGCUGGGCCUGCGUGUACUUCGUGGUCACCGUGUACUCCACCUUCGGCCGGGGUUCCACCGGCGUCAGCGUCUUCGUCCUCUACCUCCUGCUCUGGGUGGUCUUGUUUUCCUUCAUCCUCUCCCACUGGGAGAAGUAUAACACAGGGAUUCUCUUCCUGCCCUGGGGAUAUGACGUCAGCCAGGUGACCAUUUCAAUUGUCUACAUAGUGACAGCCUUUGUGGGAGUUGAGGCUUGGUAUGCACCUUUCCUGUUUAAUUUCUUAUAUAGAGACCUAUUCACUGCAAUGAUUAUUGUCUGUGCCCUCACUGUGACCCUGCCCAUGAGCCUCUACAACUUUUACAAGGCCUAUAAAAAUAACACCUUGAAGCACCACUCUGCAUAUGAAAUCCUGCUGCCCCUGGUGUCCCCGGUGUUGCUGUUCCUGCUCUGCACCACCUGGAUCUUCCUGUCCCCCAGUGACAUCCUGGAGGUCCAGCCCAGGCUCUUCUAUUUCAUGGUUGGAACAGCCUUUGCCAACAUCUCUUGCCAGCUGAUCGUGUGCCAGAUGAGCAGCACACGGUGCCAGCCCCUCAACUGGAUGCUGCUCCCCAUCGCUGCCGUGCUGCUGCUGGUGGUGUCCGGGCUGGCCCCUGGCAGUGAAACGUUCCUGCUGUACCUGCUGACAGCCUUCCUCACCCUGGCACACAUCCACUACGGAGUGGUCGUGGUGAGCCAGCUGAGCAGACACUUUAACAUCCGGCCCUUUUCCCUACGGAAACCCACUCCGGACUGA